UUGGGAGGCUGUGAGACGUCUGGCAGCGGUGUGCCGGCCUGCAGAGCCACAUCUACAGUUUCAUACCAUACACACCCAACAAAAUCGCAAUCCGUCCAGGAAUGAAGAUGAGGCGCCGUACCUUAGGUCGGCUACGGAAUCAAAACACUUCACCACCACCCGAUUGUCUGCCAGUCUUCACUUGACUAGCGCACGGGAAGCAGGUGCCUGAAAGAAACAGCCACCAAGAUGCCGAGGGACCGGGCAGCCGAGCAACUCAAUGAAUUUAAGAAAAACCAGACGAAAGAAGAUGUGCUCACCACCGGCUUUGGCUGUCCACUGUCGGAUAAGCUCAACUCCCUCACGGUGGGCCCACGAGGACCCAUUCUGCUACAGGACAUCCAGCUGUUAGAUGAGAUGGCCCACUUUGACCGGGAGCGCAUCCCUGAGAGGGUGGUCCAUGCCAAGGGAGCAGGGGCAUUUGGCUACUUUGAAGUCACUCAUGACAUCUCACAGUACACUAAAGCCAAGAUUUUCAGUGAGAUUGGCAAGCGCACCCCUUUGGCUGUUCGAUUCUCCACUGUAGGUGGGGAGAGUGGCUCUGCAGACACUGCCAGGGAUCCUCGAGGUUUUGCUGUGAAAUUCUAUACAGAGGAAGGUAAUUGGGAUCUGGUAGGCAACAACACUCCCAUCUUCUUCAUCAGGGAUCCUGUUCUCUUCCCUUCCUUCAUUCACACCCAAAAGAGGAACCCAGCUACUCAUCUGAAGGAUGCAGACAUGUUCUGGGAUUUUAUCACCCUGCGUCCAGAAACAACACACCAAGUGUCCUUCCUCUUCUCUGACCGUGGUACCCCAGAUGGCUACCGGCACAUGAAUGGCUAUGGCUCUCACACCUUCAAGCUGGUAAACAAGGAAGGAAAGCCUGUAUACUGCAAGUUCCACUACAAGACUGACCAGGGCAUCAAGUGCCUUAGUGCAGAAAGGGCAGAUUUCUUGGCAGGCUCUGACCCUGACUAUGCUAUCCGUGACCUGUACAAUGCAAUUAGCGAAGGCAACUAUCCCUCCUACACCAUGUAUAUCCAGGUGAUGACCUUUGAGCAGGCUGAGAAGUGGGAAUUCAAUCCAUUUGAUUUGACCAAGGUCUGGCCCCAUGCUGAUUUCCCGCUAAUCCCAGUUGGCCGCAUCACACUUGAUCGCAAUCCACAAAACUACUUUGCUGAAGUGGAGCAGCUGGCCUUCACCCCUUCCAACCUUGUGCCAGGCAUUGAGCCGUCCCCAGACAAGAUGCUUCAGGGUCGCCUCUUUGCAUAUACUGACACCCAUCGGCAUCGUCUGGGAGCCAACUACCACCAAAUCCCUGUGAACUGCCCUUACCGUGCCCGCUCUAAGAACUACCAGAGGGAUGGUCCCAUGACAGUGAAUGAUAACCAGACGUGUGCACCCAACUACUUCCCCAACAGCUUCUCUGGCCCUAUGGACUGCAAACAAUUUGAAGUACCCAAGGAGAAGUUAUCAGGGGAUGUAAUGCGCUACAGUAGUGCUGAUGAGGAUAAUUUCACUCAAGUGUGCACCUUCUACAAAAACGUGCUGAAUGAAGAGGAGCGGCAACGAUUGGUGAACAACAUUGCUGGUCAUAUUGUGAAUGCUCAAGAAUUUUUGCAAGAGAGGGCCAUAAAGAACUUCUCUCAAGCCUGCCCUGAGUAUGGUGCUGGUAUUAGGUCUGCUUUGAACCGCAUCAAAGCAGCACAGUCAUCAAACUCCUCAGCUAUCCAUGCAGUGGCAGCCUCCAAUGCCAAGUUGUGAGCAAGUUUUGGCCACUUCACACUCCAUUAUUAUCAUUACAUAUACAGUAGUCACUUAUCAACUGAAUGUCGUCUAGAAUAUAUCCUGAUAUAUUUGUUGUAACCAGAUGUAAAAGAAUUGUUUGUUUUUCAGUACAUACUUUUUAAAAAGUUACAAUAUUCAUUUAAUAAAUCUAUGGAUAAUUCUUUUUAAUAACUCUAUGGGUAAUUCUUAUGUUACUGGGGAGCAGUGAUUCUUGGAGUAUAUCAUCCACAGUGGAAUCAGAAUAACACAUGAUUUAUUAUACUAAUGUUGUUUACAUGAAUGUCACAACAUUGUAAACAGAAUCUAAAAAAAUUCACUAUGCUAUGUGAUAACCAGCUGUAUGUAAACUUAUUUUUAGUUCUUUCUGGCUCCUCAUUUGUUAUAAUUUUACAGUUUCAGUAUUGUAAAUUUUCAGCAGUUGCAUCCGAGUUUGGUCACUUUAUAAAGUACAGCUUUUGUUUGAUGCUCACCCUUGUCAGAAGAGCUCCUAAUAUAUUGGAGGAUAGGCUGUGAAAUGAAUGGUUUGUACAGGUAUCACACUAAUAUCUCUUGUUGAUUAAUAUUCUGAUAGGUAUUCAUACAUUAUUACUCAAUGAUCUUAUUAGCCUUCAUUUGAUAAAAUAGCAUAUGUAGUAACUUGUUGCUGCAACUUAAUAUGUUAAGGCUAGAAUUUUUUUUACUUUCAAAAGCUUGUAUUUGAAUAGAAAAUUAUUUGAAGAUUGAGUGAGAAUAUGAGUGAGAAUACUUAGUAUUUGGAGGAUAUGUUUACAGAUUUUCUAUUUGGUGAAGACAGGCUUCAGCUAGAUUAAAAGGCAAGGGAAAUAGUAUAGUUGUCAAAUUCAGAACAUCUGUAUCUGUACAAUGCUGAAAAUAAAUGUUCUAGGGUCA